CGUUCUUGACCUCGCUCCACACCACGCAGUGCUUCAGCUCUUGUGUCGACUCGAAAGCAGAAUCGUUCUUGACCUCGCCGCUCCACGGGAACAGCUGCACAGCUCUCGAGUAUAGUAUGGUAGAGAGUAGUCGAGUAUAGUAGAGAUAAGUAAAACACCCAGAAGGACCACGCAGUGCUACUAUUAGACCGCUAGACGCGCGUAAUUGGACCGCCCGCCCUGCCAAGCUUGCGCGCACAUCGUUCGUUUCGUGCGACGCGGAAGUUUCGAGAAGCAUUCGCUGAGAAGGGACAGAAAGUCGCCCACCAAUCGCGUGCUGCAUAUACGUUGAGACGUGAAGCAGAGCCAGCUAACACAUACUCGCUGGAAAGGGGCAGAAAGUCGCCAACCAAUCGCGUGCUUCACCGUGAGGAGUCGUUUUUUUAGGGGCCUAGUAAUCGCGCGCUUCGCCGAACUGACAAUCUCGCGAGCUACAAAUAAUACUGAAGCCCGCUGAGAUAACACCUGAAAAAACACCUGAGGUCACACCUGAGAGAUUAUAAUCUGCCCAGAGACCAUGGGUACACGUAGGAGCAGCGUCCCCCGCGCACCCGCAAUCCUCGCCCUCGCUACAAUCACCCUCGCGCUGCUCGCCGCGUCGCCGCCGGCGUCCGCGGCGCGAAUCACGCAGGUGUUUGCUU